AUGGCUGCACAAUCCAAGUUCUCCCUCCAAGAGGCCUCUCUUAAAUCCCUCCUCUCCUCCUUGACAACCAAUUACCUCAAACAUCGCAAGCUCAUCUCCCGCAGCGUCUAUCUGGCCCUCUUCCUCACCCUCGUUAAGCGCAUUCACAAUGCCGUUGGGGAGCAGAAAGCGGCAGCCCAGCGCAUAGCGGAGAUCCGCGGACGACCUGGUACUAGUAAGAUUGAUAGUAUUUCCGAUACUAAUGGCGGUAUAAAUAAUGGUAGAACGGGUAACAACGGAGAAGAAAUCACGGCGCGCAAGAAGGUUGAGUUGAAUUGGGAAUUUGUUAAGGAUCUGCUGCGCCUGUUGAGGAUUGUUAUUCCCGGAUGGAAGAGUAAGGAACUAAGGCUUCUCCUUAGCCAUUCGUUCUUUUUGAUCCUGCGCACGUUGUUGAGUGUGUAUGUUGCGGAGCUGGAUGGAAAGUUAGUUAGUAGUUUGGUGCGGGGGAAGGGGAGGGAGUUUUUGCUCAGUCUUACGUGGUGGAUGGCCGUGGCGGUUCCGGCUACUUUUACGAAUUCGAUGCUUUCAUAUCAUCAAUGCCAACUGGCGCUGCAAUACCGAAAACGUCUAACGGAAUAUGUGCAUGAUCAUUACCUAUCGAACAUGUCCUUCUACACACUAUCCGCUUUGGACGACCGGAUCAAGAACCCCGACCAACUCAUAACGGUUGAUAUCUCGCGGUUCUCAAAUAGUCUGGCAGAGCUUUACUCCAACCUCGCCAAACCGAUUCUCGACAUGGCCAUUUACAAUUAUUCCCUUUCGAAGAGUGUGGGUGGCGAAAGCCUUUUUCUCAUGUCCCUUCUUGUCCAAUUAUCUGCGAACGCGAUGCGCGCAUUAACGCCACCGUUUGGGAAAUACGUUGCCGAUGAAGCACGGUUGGAGGGAGAGUUUCGAUUCCAGCACACAAGGCUCAUUGAUUACAGCGAAGAGAUUGCCCUGUACCGCGGCCAUGAGACGGAGAAGGAUACGUUGGAUAAGGGGUAUUUUACACUGAUCAAGCAUGUGAACCGCAUCCUGCGGCGAAGGCUAUACUAUGGUUUCAUGGAGGAUUUUGUGAUUAAGUAUUUCUGGGGCGUUCUGGGAUUGGUUCUCUGUAGUGUUCCAGUCUUCUUCAAAAUUCCGGGACAAGUUACGGCAACAAUGGGAGACAGGACGGAGAGUUUCGUUACAAAUAGACGCAUGCUCUUGUCCUCUUCCGACGCUUUUGGACGAGUGAUGUUUUCAUACAAGGAAAUUUCUCAACUCGCCGGCCACACCGCCCGCGUAUCAUCCCUUCUCGAAGUUAUUGACGAUGUUUCGGCCGGCCAUUUCGAAAAGAAGCUCGUUUCUUCUGCCUCUACUGACGAAAAUGCCGCCGUCCUCAGUGGCCGCGGCACCAUCGUGGAGAGUGACUUCAUCGAAUUCACUGAUGUCCCCAUAGUCUCUCCUAAUGGGGACGUUCUGGUCCAAAAGCUAUCCUUCUCCGUUUAUCCUGGCGAUCACCUCCUCAUCGUCGGUCCCAAUGGGUGCGGGAAGUCCUCUCUCUUCCGAAUUCUGGGUGGUCUGUGGCCAGUCUACGGCGGGAUAGUCAAGAAGCCAUCCUUCGAGGAUAUCUUCUACAUCCCACAACGCCCUUACCUAUCCCGCGGCACACUGCGACAGCAAGUCAUCUACCCAGACGGCCUAAGUGAAAUGCAUGCCAAGGGUGUUACGGAUGAAGACCUCUAUAAGAUUCUUAGUAUCGUAGAGAUUGCCUCCAUCGUCGAUAGGCCUGGCGGGUGGGAUGCGGAGGAGGAGUGGCGUGAUGCACUUUCUGGUGGCUUGCAGCAACGGAUUGCUAUGGCGAGGCUCUUCUACCAUAAGCCCCGGUUUGCGAUUUUGGACGAGUGCACAUCCUCCGUCACUCUGGAGAUUGAGAAAGUUAUGUAUGAGACUGCGAAGAAGCUAGGUGUGACACUAAUGACUGUUUCUCAUCGGCGGAGUUUAUGGAAAUAUCAUAAGAAGAUAUUGCAGUUUGAUGGACAGGGGAAUUAUAUUUUUACUGGCUUGGAUUGGGAGAAGAGGUUGCAGCUUGAAGAUGAGAAGGAAGAAAUCGAGCUCCAACUGCGUGCGGUACCAGACUUGGAAAAGAGACUUUCGGAACUAACUGCGUCAUGA